AUGGCUCAGCAGAACUCUAACACCUUUCAUUUCUUUGGUUCGUCAGUCCCCACUGCUCCGUCCACCCAAACCGGCGCGUUUCAGCAGCCGGCUCUUACCGCUUAUCAGCAGCAGCAGACUCAAACCUCUUAUCAGCAGCAACCGGCGCAAACCGCUUAUCAGCAACAGCCGGCUCAAACCGCUUAUCAGCAGCAGCCGGCCCAAACCACUUAUCAGGUCUCGCCGUCUCUUAACGCGUAUCAAGUACAGCAGCAAGCGAUUCUAAACGCCUGGUCCGCUGCUCACGCCGGAACCGCCGCCGCAGCCCAAACUGUCGGCUCGCUCCUACCUGUCACAGGAUUGGUACAGCCAGCAGCCGAAUUUUACGCAAGUUCUCAGGCUGCGGACGGCGGCGGCGGCGGACACGUGGCACAGAAUCAGACCCUGAAUCAAGCCGCCGCCACGUGGUACGAUUCGGCAGGGUUAAGCGGUGGUGCUACUGCUUCGACUGCAGCAGCUGUUACUGAUUACAACGCCCAGGGGGUGUUUGGUGGAAAUGAAUCCACACGCGCGGCUCAGUACCAGUCCAGGCAGGUGGAGCCUGUGCGACAGUCGCAAGCCGUGCGACAGCAAGCGACUACCGUGCGACAAACGACGGCUGGGCAACGGCAGCAGCGAGCGCACGCGGAACGGCAGUUGCAGGUGGAAGGACGAGUGCUGCCCGUGCGACAAGUGCAGCAGCCUGAACGACAAACGCAAGCGGCGCGACAUGCGACACAGGCGGAGGAACAGUCGCAGAGGCAGGCCCUGCGGCAGGGUCAGCGACAGGAGCAGCGGCAGGAGCAGCGGCAGGAGCAGCCUGUGCGACAGACGCAGCGAGAGUGGUGGCUGGAUGCGCUAGAGGGGCAAGUUGCAACAGUAGGGGCAGCAGCAGUAGGAGCUAGGGGACAAGAAGCAGCAGCAGCGUCAGAUGGGAGGGCAGGAGGAGAAGAGCUGCAGGUAGUGAGACUGCAGGAGCAGGCAGUUGCUGUUCCAGACCCUGUGCAGGCGAUAAUGGGGGGUGUUUCUGCACUUCAGAUUCCUCUUCAAGAGGUGGGUGGACAGGAGGCGGUUGGGGGCGAAGUUGGGGGGGAUGGUGAUAUGUCUGCGAUCUACGCUGCUGGGUAUGCUGCAGGACUGGCAGCCGCCCGGGCUGCUGCUGCCAGAGCAGCAGGCGCUGCCGCUGCUGGUGCUGCUGCUGGUGUUGCGGAUGGGGUUGGAGCAGAGGGGGGAGUGGCGGUGGGGGGAGAAGCAGGGGGCAUGGAGGGGGGGCUUGGUGUAGGGGGUUUCGAUCUUGAUGCCACAGGCUUUGCAGAUGGCGAGAUGGGGAUGGGUGGUGGGAUGGAGGGAGAAGAGUAUGGAGCUGAGGCGGUGCCAGCAGGAGGGGAAGGAGAGGAAGGAGGGGAAACAGGAGGAUUUGGAGGAGGGGAAGAGGAAAUGUUGCCAGCAGGAGCAGGAGGAGGAGAAGCAGGUGCGGCUGCCCCUGGGCCAGGCACAGCAGCGGCAGCCGCAGCAAUAGCAGCAGCAGAAGCAGCAGCGGCGGCGGCAGCAGCAACAGACGGGUCGGAUACCGACGUGGAUGGGGAGUUCCGGCCGGUGCGACUGAGGGACCCUGAGAGAAAACGCCGCCAUUUCAUCCCAGUGACGCUAAAGGCCGAGAUUUGUGAGCUUCGGCGCGACCGGCCGGGAAUCACACUAGUGAAGAUUGUUCAAGUGCUUAAAACGAAGUAUCCGGGGAUCAGGAUUUACUCGACUCGGGUGGCGGAUAUUAUUCAGAAGCCGCAUAAGUGGGCGGCGAUGCUGGGCGGGAAAGGGCACAACCGAACCAACCAGCCGCCGGACCAGUCUGGUAUGGAGGGAGCCUUGGCGCGGUGGUUCGGGGAGGAGCAGCAGAGGGUCGGUGGUGUGCCGAGCGAGCAGGUGAUUGAGAAGGCCAAGGAGCUGGGGUAUUCUUUCGGGUUUCCCCCAACUUUCAAGUACACAAGGGCGUGGGUGUACCGCGUGUUGUCGCACUUGGGAUUUUCCCAGGAGGCUAUAGAUGCGGCGUGUGAGGACUACCCUAACGAGGAUGACUCUGCUGGGCCUUCCUUGAUUGAGUUAGCGGAUCAGAUGUUUGGGCAGGAGCUGUUUAAGUCCCGGGCGAACCAGAAGGGACGGAAGCCCAGAGACUGGUGGGCGGAGAACCUGCUGGGGAGGAAGUCGGGGACUGGGACAGGGAGAGGGAGGGGGAGGGGGAGAGGGGCGGGGAGGGGCGAUGGGGGGGUUUUGGGGGAAGGGGCGGAGUGGGAGCAGCAGCAGCGGCAGCAGGGGGAUGUGUAUGGGCAGGUUGGGGGAGGAAUGCAUGGGCAGGAGCUAGGAGGAGGGGGAUAUGCGCAGCAAGGGGGGUAUGCUCAGGGAACUGGACAGGGGUACGGGCAGGAGAUAGGGCAGGGACACGGGCAGAUGACAGGGCAGGCGAACGGGCAGGGCCAGGGGUACGGGCAGGGGACAGGGCAGGGGUAUGGGCAGGAGAGUGGUUUGGGGUAUGGGCAGGAAGGGGGGCAGGCGAGAGUGGGAGAGGGGGAUCAAGAUGAUGUUAUCCCAGGUGACUUGUUUGAGGAGCUGGAGGGAGGAGAGAUGGUGGUGGUUCGGACAGCUGACAGUGUUGCUGGAGAUGGUGGUGGUGGUGGUGAUGGUGGUGGUGGUGCCGGGGGUGCCGGGGGUGCUGGUCCUUCUUCCAACCAGCCUCUCGACUCGGCCGCUUUUGCAGCGAGCUCCUUGAACGAAUCAGCCCCAUUCACUGCUGCAAACAGCAUGAUCGGAGGAACCGCCAACACUGCAAACACUACAAACACUGCCAACUCGCUAGACUAUGGGGAUGACGGUGAAGACUCGGAGGGUUACCAGCCCGAUCCGAAGCUAGUAGAGCUCGCCAUGGCUGAAGCCAGAGCUGCGGCGGAGGCUCGGAGGGUGAUCACCGAGGCUGACCUCGCAAAUGCGGCGCAGAUCGAGGUUCUGCCCCGGAAUCCGAUCACGGGCAGGGUGAUUAGUAAAGAGGAGCUGCAGACUAACCCGGUAUAUACGGAAUAUUACCGGCUUCUGGAAGAGCAGAAGGAGUUUAAGGAAAAGAACAAGAAAAUCACAACGUGUGUGCGAACCAUCAAGAUGCGAAAGGCAAUCUGUCUACUCAAGGAAGCUCGUCCGUCUCUCACAAACCAAGAGAUCAUCCACAUUAUACUGGAGUCCUGCGGUCCUGUGAUUGCAGCGAGUAUUUCCCCUGCAGCCCUCCGGUAUACCCUCCGCAAGAGCUACCAGUACUUGAACGCCGACCUGAACAAGCCGAAAAAGCCUGUCCCGAGGCGGGUUGAGUUCCCGGAAUUCGAAGAGGCACUCGCGGCGUGGGUACGGGAGAUGCGGGCGAAGUAUGGGAAGGAGAAUUUGCUGUACGAGGAUAUUCUGGCAUAUGCGCAGAAGCUGGCUCCGAGUUUCGGGAUUGCGGAAAAGAAUCCCAAGUUCAAGUUCCACAUGUCGUGGAUUCUGAACUUUGCGGGGAGGCACGGGUUGAAGUGGCGAACGAAAGAGGACCUGCGUGCGAACCGCAAGGGUGGUGGUGCGACUGGGGAUGGUGGUGCUGGUGGUGGUGGUGGUGGUGAUGGUGCUGGAAGGAGCAGUGGGAGAGGGAGAGGAGGGAAUACGUCUGGGGUAGGAGAGAGUGAUGGUACAGAGAGUGACAAUGGCGGGCGGGAGGGGUACGGUGAGGGCGGCGGGACAACGGACGGUGGCGAUGGGAUCACAACGGACGGUGGAGAGGGGAACACCACGGAUGGGGGAGGAGAAGGGACGGACGUGGAAGGGGAAGGGGAGGGGGAAGGGGUAGGGGAAGGGGGUGGGUUUCUAGGCAUGGAUGUGAAUAUGCAUCUAGGGAAUAUAGUGACAGGGCUGGUGCGAAAGCAACGGGAUGAGAAGACGGUGAGGCGGAACAAGAUUUGGAACACUGCAGCUGAUAAGCUUCUGAAGGUGGUGGCUCAGUUUGUGGCGGAAAGGGAGGCACGGGUGCGGAGAGGGGAGGAGGAGGAGGGAGAGGGGGACGAGCGGUGGGACGGGGAAAUGGGAGUUGAAGGGUUGUUAAAGAAGAGGUGGAAGAGGAAGAAGACCGGGCGGCCGAGGAGGAGGGUAGGGGUUGUAGGGGCGGGUAGUGGUGGAGCAAAGACGGCGGCGCAGGGCACUGGGAAGAAGAGAGGAAGGAAGAAGAAGCAGAGCGGGGAAGCGGAUGGGGGCGCGGGAGGAGGAGGGGAGGGAGGUGGCGGGGAGGGUGGUGGGGAGGGUGGUGGGGAAAGCGGCAGGGAAACUGGACUGGAGAGUGGAAGGGAGAGUGGGAGGGAGAGUGGGAGGGAGAGUGGGAGGGAGGGAGGGAAGAAGAAGCAGCAGCGCAAGCAGUACCAGGAGGUGCUGGUGACGUGGAAGCUUGCCCUCAUCUCCCUCGCCCGCGCCAGGCAGGACCUUCCGCACUCUGCUGUCAAACGGGCCGUUCAAGCCAGGUAUGGCGUGGACACAAGUCGCACAGUCAUCGCGGACUACAUGGCGCGGGAGGACAAGGUGCGGUGGCAGGCAAAAGUAAUGAGAGACGCGUACAGGGAGGGGCGUGAAGUGCUGCCGAAGAUGAAGCAGUACACCAAGUUCAUGCGGCUGGAAAAGGCAGUUUCAGACGCAAUGAAGAAGGCCCUGGCGGAUCUGGACAAAGGGGAGGCGCAGGGCAGCGGGAGAGGCGCAGCAGCUCAACCGGGCGUGCUGGGCGGAGGAGUGAGGAUGGGCUUUCAGGGCGCAGGGGAGGAAAGGGAUGAGGAGGAAGAAGAGGAGGCAGGGUUGCCGCGGCAGAUAAUGGUGCAUCCUGAGGCGGUGGUGGAUUAUGCCAACAAGGUGGCACCGCUCUUUGGCUUCCCCCCUUCCAAGUCGAUCACCUUCGCGUGGGUGGCGGGUCUCAUGCACCGGUGGGGAUUCAUGGACCACUGGGCUGUAAAGGCGUCUCCCAGGAGUAUCACCUUUGCCUGGGUGGCGGGUCUCAUGCACCGGUGGGGCUUCAUGGACCACUGGGCUGUAAAGGCGUCUCCCAGGUGGAAGAAAUGGGCUCCUCUGUUUGAGGGGAGGGAGGGCGGGCUAGGGGAGGGAGAGAGAGCAGCAGCAGAAAGAGGGGUAGGGGGAGCAGCAGGGGGAGCGGCAGGGGCAGCUGCAGGGGGAGUGGCAGGGGGAGUGGCAGGAGGGAGUGUAGCAGCCUCGCUUCUAAACUCGCUCAACCUAGCCAACUUGCCUGGACCAAUCCCAGCGUAUCUUCAAGAUAUUGUUGCUGAGCUGGCAGGAAUCCGGGUCGGCGGAGCCUCGGACGUUCUUCCGAACCUGCAGGCAGCGUGGGGAAACCUCGACAAGGCGUCUCCCGAGCCUGUUUCAACGGGUUUUGAAGUCGGUUCGGGCACGGGUUUGGAUAAGGACAAGGGCAGGAAGAGGAAGAGGGGGGAAGGGGAGGGGGGAGAGGAGGGGAGAGGGGAGGAAGAGGAAGCAGAUGGAGGAGAGGGAGAGGCGGGAGGGAGGGAGGAGAGGGAUGCGGCAGUUGCAGCUGUUAUGGCAGCCGGGAAGAUCAAAACGCCUGAGGAGUUUUGGCGGUGGUGGCAGUUUUCAGGGCUUGUAGGGGUGAGAGGCAUGCGGGACGCAUGGAGUGUGCUGGAAGAUGCUUCUGUGGUUGCUGUAGAGGAGGAGGAAGAGGAGGAAGAAGAGGAAGAGGAGGUGGAGAUGGAGGAGGUGGAGGAGGGGUAUGAGGAGGAGGAAGAGGAGGUAGAGGGGGAUGAGGAGGAUGAGGUGGUGGAGGUGGAGGAGGAGGAGGAGGAGGAGGAUGCAGAGGUUGAAGAGUGGGGGGGUGGUGGAGGGAGGGGAGGGAAAGCGAGGGGAGGAGGGACAACAGGGGGCGAGACGGAGACAGGUGGGGAAACGGAGGGAGAAGCAGCAGAGUGGGGCGAUCAUACAAAAGAGGAGGCGAGGGAGAGGAGGAGGCAGCAGAGGAAGGAGAGGAAGGAAAGGAAGAAGAGGAAGAGGGAGAAGAAGAAGGAGAAAGAGAAGAAAAGGAAGAGGGAAAAGGGGAAGGAGAGGGAGAAGAGGGGAAAGAAGAAGGGAAAGGAGAAGAUGGGUGUAAGGGGGGAUGCGCUUGCAGCGUUCACCAGUAUGCUGCAGCAGACGACUUUUGAGGCGCCUCAAAAGGCGUUCACCAGUAUGCUGCAGCAGCAGGCACCAGGAGUAAUGCCGAUGCAUCCUGCCUUCCCCCAAUCCGCCUUCCCCCAAACCUCCUUCCCUCAACCUCCUUUCCCUGCCGCUGCUGCUGCUGCUGCUGGUGCUGCCCCUGCCUCUGGUGCUCCCCAGGCCCAGCCGCCCGCCCUUCACUUGCGCGGAUUCCUGCUGCAGGGGGGUCUCAUCACCCUUCCUAUGCACCUUCUCCUCUCCUCUGCACCUCCACACCUCUCCCCACCUCACCUCCCUCCUCACCUCCCCAUUCCUCUGCACCUCCCCGCUCCUCUGCACCUCCGCUCCCCUCCCGCAACUCCCUCCUAA